ACACGAUCGACCAUCGCCCGUCAGAAUGAGCUUAAUGAAGAAAGCCAUCGGCGGCUCCAUUCACAGGAUACGAGAGUUCGAGCUCGAGAAGGUGAAUCUGAUCGACGAGUUCGAUAUCCUGCAAAUCGUCGGCGAAGGAUGGUUCGGCAAGAUCCUGCUGACCGAGCACCGGAGCACGCAGACCGAGAUGGUGCUGAAAGCGCUGCCGAAAGCGUACACCGGGAUCACGGACUUCUUUCGCGAGUUCCAUUACGGUCUGCACCUGGCCGCGCACAGGAACAUCAUCACCACCUACGACGUCGCGUUCGAGACCGCUGGGUUCUACGUGUUCAGCCAGGAGUACGCUCCGCUUGGGGACUUAACGUCCAACGUGACGGAGACUGGUUUGGGUGAACUGCACGCAAAGAGGGUGGCCAGACAAUUGGCCGCGGCAGUGCAUCACAUUCACAGUCGUGAAUUAGUGCACCGCGACAUCAAACUGGACAAUGUCCUCGUGUUUCGCAGCGAUUUCUCGCGGAUCAAACUGUGCGAUUUCGGCGAGACCAGACGUGUGAACACCGUGGUGCGACGACACAACGAAUGGCUGCCUUACUCGCCGCCUGAGGUAUUGCAGAUCGACACUGACGAGACGUACAAAGCCCUCACGUCACACGACGUCUGGCAAUUCGGCAUUGUCCUAUUUGUCUGUCUGACCGGAUGCCUGCCGUGGCAGAAGGCGGCGUUGGACGACCCGCGGUAUACCAGAUAUCAAAACUGGCACAACGCGACGCUGAACAUAGCCAAGAAACCGAAAUUAUUUCAGCUGAUCAGCUCGCGGGCGCAGAGGAUGUUCAAACGUCUGCUGGACCCUAAAUCGGAGAAGAGGCCCGCGAGCGUCUUGGAAAUAAACAAAUACCUCGAGGACCGUUGGCUUGCGAAGCUCGGCGCUGAGAAGGCCAUGAACGGUGGCGCCGACGAGAGGGACGAACUUUGCCCCUCGAUGUACAGCUUCCACAGCUCUCUGGAGGAGAAGAGUCAACUUCUGCACACCCUGACCACGUACGGGAUCGAGAUAACGGUGGACCGUACCAAGAAGAAGGAUCGUAUCCGCGAAUGGAUCCAGGCGAGCGCGAUAGUCGAGGAGUACGAGGGGGACGAGUCCGAUCCGAACGAGGACAUCCGGAUCUACGAGGAGGAGGAGGACGAGGAGCAGCCGAACACCAUGAAAGGCAGACACUUCCCGGAGACGCGAGUCAAGACGAACGAUACCAAGCGACAGAAGCACAGAGCAAACACGUCAGCGCCACGGAAGAGGCAGACCAUUAAGCAGCCCACCGAAAGAAAGAUUCCGUUCGCGCCGCAAGUGGCCGAGGAACGGGAGACGAUCGCACGGUUCGCGAGCUUCCCGAACGGUGACCCUAGCCUGGCGAUCGUGAAGAACGGGACUAACGGUAACACGAUGUCCAAGCUACCCCAGAAAGUGGACAUCAAUACAACCGAAGAGACCAGACCGAUCAAUGGUGCAAACGGUCAGAUCGUUAAUAAAUCCCCAAUAAACAACCUCAACAAUUCACAAGACGAGUCCAUCCCUACGACCAGUACUGGUUACGGCCCUAAUUCCUCCAGCAUAGAGGAUAGCUCAACUAGACCGAGCUACCAAGAUCGAAAUGGGUCUCUAGUAGAUCGAACUGUUCCGAGGAGUCCCCAGAUCCCAGCCAGGAGGCAUCGUUCCCAAACUGCCCCAUUUCCGGCCCCAACCUCGCCAGCCCUAAACGGAAACCGUCACGAUACAGCCAAGAGAAGCCAGUCCACCACAGUACUGCCUACCACGCAGACAGACAAGUCUGUCGCUUUGCCGAUGGUCCGAUCAACUGACAGGUCAGCUGCAUUGGUGCUACCGACUCAAACGGACGGCCAAUCGUCUACUUCGCCAGUGACGGCUCGGGGCGAGAGGUCGAAUCGAUCCACGGGCCAAUCAAUGUCUCGAGUAGAAAAUCAAUCCGUUGUAAUGCUCCCAGCGGCGGCUCGAGUGGAGAAUCAAUCGAGUAACGCUUCGCCGGUAGCCCGAAACGAGAAAUCCGCGGCCGGGCCGCCGGUGGUGGUUCCCCUCGCAAAUCCGCUGACGAUGUCUGUCGCCUCUCAUCUCGUCAUGCAGAGCUUCAACGCGUUGCAAGGGAUGAACGCUGUCCCGACCGAGGCAGCAGCUAAUCCGAAGACCGGUUCCGUGACCACGAAUCCGUCCGGCACGCCCAAGAACAGCCCGACCUCCACGCCAGCGAGGAUCUUGACCCCGAAAAACAGCCCGACCGGCACCCCUGCGAGAACCUCAACGCCACCCAGGCUUAGAAACAAUUACAGGGCCGACGAAAUGUUUGGGUAUGGAAAGAACCCUUAUGAACACUAUGGUAUCGCUCAGGGUGUGAUUAUUAGGACCGAGGGCGCUCGACGGGGCUCGACCGAGAGCGCCAGCAGAUCUGUCAGCAAUUGAUGAUCGGAUGAUUUAACUGUGGACGAUGGCGGUUCAGUCGAACCUUGGGUUUAAUGCUGCGGGUGAUUCGCGGGGUGGCGGUUCGAAGAAUGGUUCGCGUAUUGUGGUGGAGAGUAGAUGGAGGAUAGUGAUCUUAGAAUGGAAAAUAGAGUACUGAUGUAAAAUUUGAUGGACUUUGGAAUGGAGGGAUACUGAUGUAGAAUGUGAUGAAUCUUGAGUCGAGGAAGAUACAGAGGAUCAUGGUUGGAUUGAUGAGGAUUACUCUAGAUUUGUAUA